CCGUUGCUCAACACCUCUCUCGUCCGCCAUGUGUUAAUAAUGUCCAUGUUUUGUGAGGACGCGAUACGGAACACACGCAAAUACUCAAAUCGGAAUGACGACCCCGACGAAACGAGAAAGUGAUGCGUUGUCCAUCUACAAGUCACAUCCACCACUUUGGGUACCAAAAGCUCACAAGGAGGCGGAGCUUGAAUAUAUCGGCUUUCACCCUCCAGUGCCCAAUCAAGAUGAAGACAUCCUCUCUGAAGGUCAUGUCAAGAACGGCUUCGUGCUCGGGCCGGCUGUGCAGUCUGAAUAUGCGGGAGUAGGGGAAGCGCUUUCGUCCGGAGAGAACAAGCAAACAGCUUUCGAUGAUGUAGUGCUUCAUGGUUUGGAGAGUCUGAUGAGCGAGAUCCUUGCUCGGCGAGCAGAGAGCGUCCCCUCUAUCCCCGCACCAACAUUCAAGAUACCCUCCCGUGUUACCCUCAAUGACGCCAAACGAGAAGCCUGGUUCGCCGACCUGGCGAACCCCGACGUCCCGCUCUACAAGCUAGGCAAGAGCGUACCGCACGGUGCCAAGGGACACGACCUACUGGAACAACUCUACAGUAAUAACGUCGCUAUACCACGUGCUGUCUGGUUUCUGAGAGUGUUUGGCGCGAAUGAGACGGCCGGGUUGCGAAACAAACCUGAUUACAAUCCGACUCAGUACAGCGUUGACUGGGCGAACGUGGUCACUACUUACGUCAAGAAGCAACUAGCUGAAAUCGCCCUUCCAAGUGCGCCUCGCGUGGGACUCAACAUUAAACAGACGUUCAAAGGUGUACUUUCCGACCCCGAGUCUAAGGAAAGGUGGUUGUCGAGAUUCACGUACUGCUUGAAACUUCUACGACCCUUCUAUACGGAAGGGCUCGUCGACCAUCGCACUCUCCUCGUGUGGCUAGUCAAUCAGUUGCAGAGCUGCAACCUUGCUCAAGCCGGGUUUGUCACACAUCUUGCUGACGAGUUUGUGGAUGGACUGGCGGCAUGCCGCCCGCUCGCCAGAGGUGUAGUAGAAGCAUGCGUCAACAAGCUGGCUGAGAUACAACUGUUGUCUGGGGAGGGACAGGUCAUUACGCUUCGAGGACUGCUCAAAACUUUAAUGCAGCGAAUCUGCUUGAGCCUUCCGGAUGCUUUCGUUAGCCCAACACUUUGGGUGGCUCACUCAGCGUUGCUUAUCAAUACUCUGGAAGAGACUGUGGGCGAUGAGGUUUUGCAAAGUGAUCCUCGUCAGGAUGGUAUUGGGCAAAUACUCCUGGAACACUCCGCGGACAUCAAGCGGCGGAACGAGGCCAUGCUAUUCCGCAACCUUCCACCCAGAGUACUCGCACGGCUGGGAAGCAUGGUCGUGGACAUUCAGACCCUGAACUCUAUCACCUAUGCGACGAACCUUACCAGUAUCUCAUUCUUCUCGCGUGCAUCCAGCCCAUCCGCUACCACGCCUACCACAUCUUUUGCUGAAUCGGCAUCUACAUCCAGCUUUGCCGACAAAUUAGACACGCUGCUAACCUGGGCAGUGACUCCUCUCCAGUAUGGCGCUCAUCGGCCGUACGUUGCCGUAUCUUUACUUAGAAACUGGGAUAAUCGAGUUGGCCGUCGACGGGCGUACGGGAGCGGCCCCUCGGAGAUGUCCCUUCACGACCAUCUAUUCGAUUGGCUGGAUAACUCAGAUGUGGCGAAGGCUCCUGACAACUUAUCAGCCGUGGCAAUCCUGUACGGUAAACUUGUCAAGUACAACUUGUUUGAAUACAACCUGUACGUCCAGAGGCUCGUCGCCCGGGGCGAAGACGGGCUUUCGAUAUCUCAGGACCGCAAAGGCGCCGAUGACCCUUAUAUAUCACACCAUCGCAACUUCUUGCGGUGGAUACCAUUACACGACGAAGACGCUUCUCUGGUCAACCAGAGGAAGUUCAUUCUUUACGGUUCCCGUGCUCGAGAGACGUCGGAAGAUACCGCUGAAAGACGCAUGAGGCAGGAGUUCAGGGCCGCUUUGCCCUUAUUCUUUGGUGGCGAUCAUGACCCGGACUGGGCUUUUACUAACCAGAUUCACCAACAUUGCGAGACGAUCUUGACUGCACCGAGGUUCGAGGUAGUGUGGACGAUUACUCGAUGGUUUGUCCCUUUAGUUCGAAAGUUUCUCGGUCGAUCCGUCGGCGUUGAUCCAGGGCGACUCCAGCGCACGUAUACUUCAGCCGUCGAACUUCUGCACGCCGCGCGAUGCUACGGCUCCUUAUUAACGUUCAACCUCAUGCUUUUGCCCUGCGCGACGACUGUGGAGCUGUUGACUGCCGUCACAGGCGUGUUCCAUCGGUUUGCAGUCAUCUGGACAUCGUCGGAUUCAACAGGCAAGAUUACGGCCGCAUUGUACUCUGCCCACCUUGUUUGGAGGACGAAGGGUGUGCAGGCACGUGCUCUGCUUGCCCUAAUGGUUGAGAUGGACAAUGGUCGGCAUCUCGACGUCGCAGAGCGCUCGCAAGUCACCCACGAUAUUGCCUCGUACACGCACGCACUGAAGCCAGAGUCUGAUAACCCUCCUCCUAUUCCUGCUGCAUUACCAGAAAUCUUGUUGCUCUCCGAGGAUCCGGGGUUGGAUGCACCUUCUUUGCUCGCCAAUAGCCUUUGGUAUAGAUAUCGCACGACCCCAGACUGGGCUUGGACUGUCUGGGACAAUGCCGUCGCGACGUUCCGUCAAAUUCCCAACAUGGUAACCGACACCGAGGGUCGACGAAGCUGUGCGUUGCGUUACGCUGAAUUCCUACUCCACGUGGACAAGCACCUGCCAUCCGGUAUCGACGAUCAGGUUUUACAGUGGUUCGAGGGCAGCGGCCGAAACGAGAUACUUGCUUUGAGCAGCGAUGUAUGGGAGAUCCUCAUCGUCGUCGUGCUGCACAUGUGCUCUCAUGGUGCCCUCGCGGCAACGUCAAUUCUUCAAGGGCUAGUCUACCCUACUUGGAAGGCCGCAGCGGAAACGUCGUCAUCUGAUCGAGCCGAUGCUUUGUAUGUGCAGAUCUCAGCUGCCAACCGCCUUUUCGAUUUGCUUGUGCUUCGUGAUCACUGGGGCGAUGAGAGCGAACCAGCGAACUUGCUGGAGUUACACCGGAUACACACUCGGCGACAGGAUAUCUAUCGGGAGGCCCACUUUACACUGCUCGUCGGGAGUAUACCAACGCUAGUGCUUGUUGAGCACAACGACUUUCUGCCUGGCGAUCUCAAGGAUGCGAUCACGGAAUUACGACUGAAGGCCUGCCAACGCAACCACUUCCUCCAAGCGUGCUACCGCAACCUCGAUGUCGUCAGACGUGGGUUUGAGGACCAGCUCUCUGUGGGUAUCGCAGAGACCAUGUGCGAGCCACUGGUGAACGCCAUGAGGUUCAUUCUCACGGAAUCCACUGAAGAGAGCUCGGAUGUGAACUCUUUCCUCAGCAAUGGCGUCUCCUCGGACCUUAGCCCAUGGCGGCUUGCAGCUACAGCUAUUCAGAUACAAUUCGGUCUCAGACAGCUCGGUAGAGCGUUAGCACAUGACUCCACCCGGCAGACCGCAGGCGCCUCCCUAGAUCGAAUGACCUCUACACUAUUCCGCCACUCCAUGGCAUCCGAAGAAGCGUGCUUCAUUGCUGAAAUGGCCAGGGACGUUGACGGACCCGUUGCUAUGAAGUUCAUCAAUAACGGAUUCAAGUGUCUCGCUGAGAUCUUUGACUCCACCACCGGAGGGGUUGAGAAUCUCCUCGACUGCGUUGAUCGGGCAGGGGAGGUGGUCCGUAUUUUUUCCUUGAUAUCGGAACGACUGCGGGAGGAGCCAGUAAAACUAUCUCAAAUGGACUUCGAUCUGUCCGCGCAGGAGAAACUCGUGGAGAUCAUCACGCGGCAUCUGACGGCGGUCGAAGCAUCACUCGAUGCUAUGCAUAGUCGAAACCAAGGCGACAACGACAAUGAAAUCGACGCGAUAUCUCGGUUAUCUCAUGUUUCGAUUUUCUUAGCCAGGCUGCUCCAGCUCCAACUCGUGUUCCCGUGCGUUUGGACGCCAAAAUUCCGGAAGACCGCUAGUAACCUUCCAGAGGUGCUUUUCCGGCUCGCCCUGCACCAUGUCACGUCUCCAACACUGAACAUCGUCGCGUAUUCCUUGCUUCUUGAUACCUUGUUCUAUGUUACGGACGAUCUUUCUUUCACGACGAUCAGCGGACCGGGACCCACCAAUACCCCGACUCCGAGCGGCGGCGACCCGUUCAGAAACUACCCUGCCCCACGCACGAUCUCCCCUGCCCUCGUUCCUGCACAGUUGCGCGAGCAGUUGCUCACCCUGUUUCCGCCCGGCCGCGGGACGAGCGUGACGAAGAACCUUGCGCAUGGUCACCGCUCACAUGCCCAGGGAAGGGAUGGCGAAAAUGAAGAAUACGUCUUUGGGGCACCUGUGAUUGAUCGACCAUGGGAGUGGACGGAGAACCUCGGCGAGCCUCCCUCUGAAGCUGCAGUCGGAUCUGGAGGUGGAAGUGGUGGGAAGGCUGGCGCAGGCGCUCGCCCUGGUGGAGCGGAAUCGGGCCAAGGUCAGGGUCCGGCGCAGAUCAGGAACGGCGCGAGUCUCUCCUUGGAGUUGUUCGGCGCGAGACUCACGGGUGACAUCGUGCUUACUCCGCCCGGCUCGGGCCAGGGAGACGCUGCCGACGCGGACGUGGACGGCGGGAGAGAGUACAGAGACGAGGAUCUGCGCACGGAGGCGAACAUUCGCACUUUUGUGGACGGGCGCGGCUCGGAGAGCAUCUUCACACGCGACUGGCGCGAGUCCCGCGUGCUCGCUCCGAAUCUGCUGCCUGGCUCUGCGUCGGACAGGAGAGGAAGUGCCGAGGAGGAGCUCGGUACUAUGCCUUUAUUCAACGCGAGCAUGCUAGGUGGUGGCAUGCCUAGUCCCCUCUCGGGCGGCUAUGGCAGCGCUGUUGGCGGAGGCGCUGUUGGUAGCGGCACUGUGGGUUCCAGGCGAGGCUCGCCAUCGUCUGUCCAAUCGAGGAGCGUGGCGAGUUUGCGUGGAAGUCCUUCCGGGAUACGUUCGAGCGCCAGCGGAAUGAACAUGAGUCCGUCAGGGAGUGUGGGUGCUCGGCGAACAUCGCAAAAGCGCAAGAUGGACGUGGUCUUGGAAGAGGACGGGGAAAGCGAUAGUGACAUCGAGAUGCUCGAUGGUCCGCUCCCCAGCGCUGGCACGAGCACGAGUAGCCAGACGAGGAUGAAGAAACGGUGAUCAUAGAUUUUUUUUCUUUGCUUUCUUAUAAUCAUGGAUUUCUGUGUACAUUGUAUGCGAUCUAAGUUAACGAUAUUAAUCGUUCCACUAAGUACAAGACU